AUGUCUGUGCAAUUGUUGAACCCAAAGGCUGAAUCUUUAAGAAGAGAUGCCGCUUUGAAGGUAAAUGUUACUUCUGCAGAAGGUCUUCAAUCCGUCCUUGAGACUAAUUUAGGCCCUAAGGGUACUUUAAAGAUGUUAGUAGAUGGUGCUGGAAACAUUAAGUUGACCAAGGAUGGUAAAGUUCUAUUAACUGAAAUGCAAAUCCAAUCGCCAACUGCUGUUAUGAUUGCUCGUGCUGCAACAGCACAGGAUGAAAUCACUGGUGAUGGUACUACCACCGUUGUGUGUCUAGUUGGUGAAUUAAUGAAGCAGGCAUAUAGAUUCAUUCAAGAAGGUGUUCACCCAAGAACAAUUACUGAUGGUUUUGAAAUUGCAAGAAAGGAAACAUUGAGCUUUUUGGAUAGUUUUAAGAUUGACACUGAUGACAAAACAGAACUUGACAGAGAAUUCCUACUACAAGUAGCAAGAAGCUCUCUAUGCACUAAAGUGAAUGCAGAAUUAACAGAAGUGCUUUCGCCAAUUGUUACUGAUGCCGUCUUAGCAGUUCAAGACCCAAACAAUAAAAACUUGGACCUACAUAUGAUUGAAAUAAUGCAGAUGCAACACCUUUCACCAAAGGAUACCACGUUUGUAAAAGGUCUAAUCUUAGACCAUGGUGGAAGACACCCUGAUAUGCCAACCAGAGUUCCAAAUGCUUAUGUGUUAAUCUUGAAUGUUUCUUUAGAAUACGAAAAGACCGAGGUAAACUCAGGCUUCUUUUAUAGCUCUGCUGAACAAAGAGAUAAAUUGGCUGCAAGUGAAAGAAAAUUUGUUGACGAAAAGCUAAAGAAGAUCGUUGACUUGAAAAACGAAGUUUGUGGUCUUGAUUCAGAUAAAGGUUUUGUUAUUAUUAAUCAAAAAGGUAUCGACCCAAUGUCUUUGGAUGUUCUUGCAAAGCACAACAUCUUGGCUCUCAGAAGAGCAAAGAGACGUAAUAUGGAAAGACUACAAUUGGUUACUGGUGGUGAAGCACAAAACUCUGUGGACGAUUUGUCCCCUAAGAUUUUGGGUUACUCUGGUUUAGUUUAUCAAGAAACUAUCGGAGAAGAAAAGUUUACAUACGUUACUGAAAACAGAGAUCCAAAGUCUUGCACUAUUUUGAUCAAAGGAUCUACACACCAUGCAUUAAUGCAAACUAAAGAUGCUGUUAGAGAUGGUCUUAGAGCUGUUGCAAACGUUAUCAAGGAUAAUGCAGUUGUUCCUGGUGCUGGUGCAUUCUUCAUUUCAGCUUCUCAACAUUUAAAAAAGGCUAAUUUGAACAAAUUAGGUGCUAAAGGAAAAACUAAGACUGGUGUCCAAGCAUUUUCUGAAGCAUUACUAUCAAUUCCGAAGACUUUAAUCAAGAACUCGGGUUAUGAUGCUCUUGAUGUUCUUGCUCUAUGUCAAGAUGAACUAGAGGAAGAUCCAUCUAGGGUAGUCGGUGUUGACCUAAAUAUCGGUGAUUCUUGUGAUCCAACUAUAGAAGGUAUUUGGGACUCUUACCGUGUUAUCAGAAAUGCUGUGACUGGUGCUACUGGUAUUGCUUCCAAUUUGCUGCUAUGUGACGAAUUACUAAGAGCAGGAAGAUCUACUUUGAAGGAAGGGCCUCCACAAUAA